GGGAGUGACGGCUCGCGCGAGCCGGGCGGCGAGCGGGCGGAGUUUGUGCUCUCAGAGGUGACAUCUCCAGCAGAGGAUAGUUUGGAGUAUCACACCUUGUAGGAGUGGGAAGUUGUUGAAGAUUUCUGUGGUGGACUUGCACAAAAAAUACAGACAAAUUUUCCUGCUCUAGGUGCUUUCUGGAUAAUGGCGAAGAUGGUGAGAACAACAUGUGCGUUUUGUUCAGAAGGGGAGGCUGGCUCUGUGAUGUAUAUCGCCACAGAGAGAAAUAUUGCAGCUCAUCAGGAUUGUCUGUUAUUUUCCUCAGGAUUUGUGGAAUCUGAAGAUCAGAACCCAGAAAAUCUGGAAAUAAGGUUUGAUGUGUCAUCAGUGUUAAAGGAGCUCAGGAGAGGAAAGCGGCUGGCGUGCAACUUCUGCCACAAGAAGGGGGCCACAGUGGGCUGCGAGAAGCGCACGUGCCGCAGGAGCUACCACUUCUUCUGUGCGCUCUGCGAUGACGCAGCCGUGGAGACCGACGAGGUCAAGGGCAUCUACAGAGUGUUCUGCCCAAAACAUGACCCAGGGAAUAGGACCAAUCGCCAUGAUGCAGCUAAUAAGAAAAGAAGACGUACAUUGACACCUCCCACCAUCACAGAAGAAAUGAGUACAGAAGAGACAGCAGAAGAAAACAGUUUACAAAUACUAAAAAGAAAAAACAACAGGCAUAAAGUUCAGAUAGACUUUGUUAGGAAGUGCAAACAAGCUGGGCUUCUGGAUGACAUAUUUGAAGAAAUGCUGGACACACUUCAUCUGGCUCAGGAAAAACUGAUGGAUGACAACACUUCAGAAACAGAGUAUGAAGAGACAGUGAUGGCACUGUUUGACUGUGGACUCUUUGAAAAUAUAUUGACAAAUAUUUAUUCAGGAACAGAAGAAAAAAUCCAGAAACUUCUGGAAAACAGAAAACAACUGGAUCACAAGAUUGAGCUACUGCAGGACUUAAAAGAAGUCAUCCUUCCUACUGCAGAGAACAUGGCCAGUACAUCCAGUACAGUGUCUGAAUAACCCCUCUCUGUGAUGGUGCAAUUGUUAGGAUUUUUAAUGAUAAAAACCAUAGACCAGUCUGGUCAGUGUCCAAUUCCCCAGCCCCAAGAUGAGGGCUGAAUGGGUGCAAGAAUGUGGUGUUAUUUUUAUACCUCACUGUUGCAGUAAUUUAAAGUUCUUCAGGUUUUCAAAUUUUCCUCUUCAGAUUUUUUCCUUGUUCCACUAUAAAUUUCCACUUAUAUUCCAUUGUGCAAUAUAAAUGAGCAUUAUUAACUAAAUUUAGCUUUUGUAAAAACUCAGCAGAACACUCUAGGGAAGACUUUUUUUCUCAAAGCCAGGGGAGUGUUCAGCUGCCACAGAACACUCGCUAAAUUCACUUAAACUGUGGGAGCCCUCUCCUGGCUGGGCAGUUGCUGCCUCCCUGUCUGUGUUUUGACAGUGAUGUUUGAAGGAUCAUAGUGCUGCUUUGGCUUUCCCCAGAUAGAUAAAUGAGCAGGACUUGCACUCAAAGAAGCCUUCUGGAUUACAAACAGGAGUUUAAUUAAAAAACCCAAAUCAUUCUUUAUUGACUGGCCAAGAUGCACUGUUCAUGCUGUAAAGGCAGUGGUAAAGCACUGGUUACAGGCAGACCAGAAAGGGUUGGGCAUUAUACUCAGAACAAGUACAAUGGCAAAUGGAGCAAAACAGUGACUGAAUCUUCCUUUCUCUAUUAAGAAAGGGUUCAACUUUCAUGUGUUUUGUCUUUAAAAUAUUGUUUGAAUACAGAAAAGCAUUGUUUAGCCACAACAGGCUAAGUUAAUAAAAUAAAACAUUUUUUAAAGGA